AUGAUCAGAACAAUAAAACCUAAGAACAAUAGAGCUAAGCGUGCUCUCGAUAAAAAGGAAUCUAAGCUUGUGGAAAACGUAAAGCAAGCUUUAUUCAUUCCGGGAAAGACGUCGAACAAGCUUCUCCAUGAUGCCAUGGUCGAUUUGAGCGCCUUGAAAAAGCCCGAUAUCAAGAGAUUCACAAAGAAAAAUGGUAUUCUUCCGUUCGAAGACGCUAGUCAAUUGGAGUUUUUCAGUGAAAAGAACGAUUGCUCAUUGAUGGUACUCGCUACAAGCUCCAAGAAGCGGAAAAACAAUUUGACGUUUGUGAGGACUUUUGGCUAUAAGGUUUACGACAUGAUAGAGCUUCAAAUUGCGGAGAAUUACAAGUUGUUAUCGGAUUUCAGAAAACAGACGUUUACUCUCGGUGCGAAACCUCUUUUCUCAUUCCAGGGCUCCGCGUUCGACUCGCAUCCAGUUUACCAGCAGAUAAAAUCGCUGUUUCUAGAUUUCUUCAGAGGCGACGUCACAGACCUUCAGGACGUAGCUGGACUACAGCAUGUCAUUUCUCUAACGAUACAGGGUGAUUUUCAGGAUGGUGACCCACUUCCAAACGUGCUAUUCAGAGUCUACCGCCUCAAAACGUAUCGGAGCGAACAAGGCGGUAAGAAGUUGCCUCGUGUUGAGCUAGAAGAGAGUGGUCCAAGAUUCGAUUUCAAAAUUGGACGUAUUCAUAUGCCGUCACCUGAAAUGGCCAAAGAAGCGCACAAGAGGGCGAAACAACUUGAAGUUAAGACCGUCAAGAACAUUGAAAGAGAUUCUCUUGGUGACAAAAUCGGUACUAUCCACGUUGGCAAACAAGAUCUCGGUAAACUUCAAACCCGUAAACUCAAAGGUCUUAAGAGCAAAUUCGAUCAGAACGGCGCAGAUUCUGAAACUGAAAAUUACAUUAAUGAAGAUGAGAGCUACGGUGAAGAUUUUGUAACGGCUACAGACAUCGAGGUCGCGCCUCCAGCCAAGCGUUCCAAAAAGGCCUAG